AUGCUCACCAAAAUUGCUUGCUUGUUCCUUUGUCAUUACCUCGCAGCCGUAGCUACAGCCGCAGGAUUUGCCGCGGACCCGUCCAUCAAUGUCUCCGCUAUUUACGCCGCUAGUCAAGCCAGCGCAAAGGCAAGUACCGGCACCAUUGAUAGCUUCCCUGCAACAUCGGGGGAUGGGAACAACGUCCCCAUCCAGGGUGAUUGGCUCAACCUUGACGGUGUGUCGGCAUACCAUUUUACUGCAGAUAUGGACGUGGAUUGUGAUGGCUUCCAGUGCUCUGGAAAUCCUGACGGUCAGCCCGAAACCUCAUUUGGCGCUCUAGAUGCUACCUCUGUGCCAUGGUAUGUUAUACCGCAGACAUUCUGGGACGCCCACCAAGACAUCAAGCCUAACGCGCUUGGUGCUGUCAUCUGUGAUGGGAAGAUGUUUUAUGGCAUUUUCGGGGAUACCAACGGCGACGACCCACAGGUUAUUGAUGAAGCCUCGCUCGUGCUGGCCCAAACAUGUUUCCCGGGUGAGGGUCUAGGUGGUAAUAAGGGUCAUACUCCGUUGGAUGUCCUCUACAUCAUCUUUGGGUCCAAAGUACCCUCAGGCGUCAAGAAGGAAACAAUUGACAUUGGUGCUUUGAAGACACUUGGGGACGAACAGGUUCAACUCCUUGCAGCUGCCCUUGGUGGUAGUGGGAGUGCCAACAGCACGACUACCGACCUGUAAUCCUGCGAUUAACAUCUUUCCUUUCUUAACCGAUAUUUACCUCCUUUGUAUACCCAGUAAUAGAACAACCGGAGCCGGUCUCACUGUAAAGCUUUCGUGUUACGUUUGAGCGGACGCCAGCCCCAUCAGCUGCACGCUGCACUGAACCAUCUCCGAGAAGAGGUCGGGGACGGGCAGAUUCAUCAAUAUUUCUCUUUACCGCAACUCCGGCAGGAAAGAUCUUUCCGACAUAAAUGCAAGGAUCGCC